AUGCCGUCAUCUGAAGCUUGCUCUGGGCAGUCCAUUUUAAGGUACAGCUUUGUGGACGAUUAUAGCGAGGGAGCACAUCCCCUGAUUCUGGACUCUCUUCUGCGAAACAAUUACACACAACAGAGGUCUUAUGGAGAAGACGAGUACUGUAUUCGUGCCCGAGAACUCAUCCGACAACACCUCGACUGCAGAGAAGAUGAUGUCGCGAUUUAUUUCGUCCCAAGCGGAACUUCAGCAAAUUUGAUAUCUAUAGCCAGCUGUCUACGGCCUUUUGAAGCAGUCAUUGCUGUCGACUCGGGCCAUAUUGUGUGUAAAGAAGCCGGGGCAAUAGAAGCAACCGGGCACAAAAUAAUUCAAGUACCAGCCGUGGCGGGAAAAUUGACCCCGGUGACUCUCGAAAAGGCAUUCAAACUGAAUCAAUUCUCACCUCAUAUGGCCAAACCUCGCCUCGUAUAUAUUUCUAACGCUUCCGAGAUCGGCACGGUUUAUACCAAAUCAGAGCUUACACAGAUUUCAGAUACAUGCAAGAGACUUGGUCUUUGGUUGCUAAUGGAUGGUGCCCGGAUUGGAGCUGCCCUGUCUUCGCAUAAAAACGAUAUGAGUUGGAGAGAUAUCGUAGACUUGACGGAUAUCUUCUGGAUCGGUGGUACAAAAGUGGGCGCCCUACUGGGUGAGGCGAUUGUGAUUAAAAACACUCAAAUCAGACAAGACUUUAUCUACCAUAUCAAACAACAUGGCGCCCUACUUGCAAAGGGGCGAGUGAUAGGAAUUCAAUUUUCAGAAUUUUUCGGCUCCAACUUAUUCCUUGAUCUGGCAUCGCAUGCGAAUAACAUGGCACAGAAAAUCGCAAGAAAUAUUACCUCGCUCGGCUAUCCAUUGAUUGCUGAGACGGAAACGAACCAGGUAUUUGCGAAACUACCACUCUCACUUAUAGAGUAUUUGCGCGAAAGAUACGAUUUUUACAUUUGGGAAGAAAGUGGAGAUGGUGAUGCGGUGAUAAGGCUCGUCACAUCUUGGGCCACUGAAGCGCUCCAGGUUGACAAACGGGCCAAAGUGAAAUGCAUUCAUCAAGGGCAGCCUCCUUGCCAGCGUUGUCAAAAAGGUAAUAUCCAAGGAUGUAUUCUCACCAGUCCUCGUUCCUCUUCCGGAAAGAUGAAAAGUGCAACGGGGAAACAUAACGUGAAAAAGAUCUCAAAUACUCGAUCAUCUUCUGUAAUAUCAGACACAUCACUGAAUGCAGCUAUACCUGUACAAAUACAAACCGCGAAUACACAAGAUCUGCGAACAAAUCCAGUUUCAGGCAUAUCGCAAUCCACUAUUAUUAGUGCUUGUGAUGUUUAUAGAAAACGAUUCCCGGUUGCAAACUUCCUCCACUACCCAUCGUUAGUGGCCGAUAUUUCCUCGAACAGGUCAAAUGUCGACCCCGUCUUUAUUGCAUCACUGUUAUCAAUGUGCGCACGUUUCAUGCCUGAUCAUGAAGUCCAAAACGAAGAAGUCUAUGCUCAAUACGUUCGAUCCGAGCUAGCUCAGCGUGCAUUUGAAGCCCCUUCUCUUGAUAUUGCCCAAUCAUUGGUGAUAAUAUCUUUCUAUGAAUGGGGGUGUGGUAAUUCAUAUAAAGCUUGGAUGUAUAUUGGGAUGGCUAUGUAUAUGAUCCAAUCUUUGCUGAGAACAGCAGAUGACACCAUGGAGCAGAGUCCACAAGACUUUCCUGCGUUUCAAACACAAUAUGAGAAGCUAGUUCGCACCUACUGGGUGUGCUUCUCUCAAGAUUGUGAACUUAGCUCCGGGGCAAGGCAACACUUUGCGCUGGCUUUCCACUCCAUUUCAGUGCCAUUGCCGAUCAGUGACCAUCAGUUCAUAUUCAAUCAAUCCGCGAAAGAACGUCUAAUGCCUAGGAAUCUAAGCCUGGACUGCCUUGGCUCGCGAAGGCUUGGAAUUGACUAUGGUCCAGCGAUAAUUGCACGUGGUUUUGAUAUUUUCGUACGAAUUCUAAGAUUCGCAAACGCAAAUCGCCGAAAUGAUCCUGUAUCGUCCUGUUUUGCGCCUCGCCUAUCGGUCAAUGCAACAUGGCAGGGUUUGAAAAAGGAACUGGACGAAUGGCGACAGCUUCAAGACAUCACGGUUCACUUUCCAAUAACUGGUGUUCAGGCGCAUGUGGCAUUUGGGUAUGGUGAAGUAUUCACCUAUAUAAACCUCAUAUUUUUUAUGAGUGUCCUUUUCCUUUAUCGCGACCGAUUUUUAUCUGGCUUGAAACGCUACUCAGAAUUGUUUGAGAAUAGCAAUAAAGAUUCUAAUAACGGCACAGAUUAUAGUAACGAUGACGACGAGAACAAUAUCAUUUUUAAUAUAUUCGAGGCAGCGAAGAAUGUUAGCGAGAUUCUGUGGGAAGUGGAAGCCUCACAAUCGCCAGUCAUCACUCCAUAUUCCGGAUUCAGUGUUUUUGUCACUGCUCAUGUCAAUAUGUAUGCUACUAUAGUCCCUCAUCAUUACCCCGGAGGGCUACAGGCCGCAGAGGCAGAAAAGAAAAGGAAUAUGGUAUACCUCGAGCGCCUGACUCGGUUCUGGCCCGUUGGAAACCAGUGGUGGAAAGCAGUUCAGGAAGCGGAUAAGUUUUACGUAGCCGCAAAAGAAAACGAAUCUCUUGAGGUUCGACCAGGCCAUUUCGCCCUUGCCAGCACACUGGAUGAAUAUGGAGACAUUCGCCACCAACGUCCCAGGAAUGACCGACAAAGGAAGGCCACCACUGCGAAAACCGCAACGGGUUCGGAUGAAGUUGUCAACAAUCCCACGUUAAACGAGGUUGAAAACGGCAAUAUUUUAUCCCAUAGCUUGGAAAGCGAACUUUUACAAUGGCCAUUCAUAGAUGAGACUUGGACUACCAACCUUGAUUACAGGUGGUUCACUUGA